CAUUCAUUCAGUACCACCGGCUCACCACGUGCAAGGGUGGUCGUCUGUUCGCCAUCCUACGAUCGUGAUUCCUAAACUUCUGGCUCUUUGUGUCAUCGACGACCACAAGAAAGCAGUAUUUUGAAAAGCUUAAGAUGUCUUGGCUGUUUGGCCUGCGGAAUAGUACCCCUCAGCAGCCACCAGAAGCAGGUGGCGGCGUUCCGGUAGGGAAUGCACCUCCUCCAGGAGGCGGAAAUACUGGGCAGGGGGAUACCAAAGUAAGCAAAGCUAUGGAGGCUUACAGAUUCGACUCAGCUGCUUUGGAAAGAGCUGCUCAGGCUGCAAAAGAACUCGAACGAUCUUCUUAUGCCAAAGAUGCAUUGGAGUUGUCAAAGAUGCAGGAGCAGACACGGCAGAAGGAGCAAAUGGCAAAGAUCAAGGAGUAUGAAGCCCACAUUGAACAAAUGAAGAUUGAAGGAAAGCGUGUAGAGCAGGAGGAGAGAAGGAAAACUCUGAGUGAAGAGACCAAGCAGCAGCAAGCUCGGGCCCAAUACCAAGAUCAAUUGGCAAGGAAGAGGUAUGAGGAUCAACUGAUUCAGCAGCAGAGAAUACAGGAGGAGCAAUUGCGAAGGCAAGAAGAGUCAGUAGCAAAACAGGAAGCGAUGAAGAAGGCAACUCUGGAACAUGAAUUGGAGAUGAGAGCUAAGGUUGAUAUGAAGCGGAUAGAGGCCGAGGCCAAAGCAAAGGCCAAGGCUGACCGGGAGAAUCAGGAUCUACACCUAGAACAAAUUCGAUUAAAGGCAGCUGAGAAUCGAACAACAGUCCUGGAAUCCAUCAAAACAGCAAGUUCAGUGUUGGGGACAGGAUUACAGGCAUUUCUGGCUGAUUGGGACCGAAUCAUGGCUGCUGCAGCAGGCAUCACACUUCUUUCUCUUGGGGUUUAUUCUGCUAAGCGUGGAACAGGGGUUGCUGCCCGGUAUAUUGAAGCCAGAUUAGGAAAGCCAUCACUGGUACGAGACACAUCCAGGAUAACGUUUUUGGAUGCUGUGAGGCAUCCCGUAAAAAGUGUGAGGAAGACAUUCACUAGACCCCUGGAUGCCAUGCAGGGAGUUGUCCUCUCUCCUUCACUUGAGACGAGGCUUAGGGAUGUGGCCAUCACCACCAGAAACACAAAGCAUAACAAAGGGAUGUAUAGGAACAUCUUGUUCUUUGGUCCACCAGGAACUGGCAAAACCCUCUUUGCUAAGAAAUUGGCGGCAGCAUCUGGGAUGGAUUAUGCAGUUUGCACUGGAGGGGAUGUGGCUCCAUUGGGUCGAGAUGGAGUGACAGCAAUGCAUAAGCUUUUUGACUGGGCCCAAAACACACGCAAGGGUCUCCUUCUCUUCAUGGAUGAGGCAGAUGCUUUCCUACGCAAGAGGAGCUCCGAGACUGUUUCUGAAGAUCUUAGGUCCACACUCAAUGCCUUCCUCUAUCGUACUGGGGAACAAUCCAACAAAUUUAUGCUGAUACUGGCCUCAAAUACACCUGAGCAGUUUGACUGGGCUGUGAAUGAUCGCUUAGAUGAAAUGGUUGAAUUCUCCCUCCCUGGUCUGGAAGAGCGAGAGCGGCUUGUCCGUCUCUACUUUGACAAGUUCAUUCUUGGCCCUGCUGCUGAGGGCAGAAGGCGGUUGAAGGUGGCCCAGUUCGACUACAGUGCCCUGUGCUCUCGCAUUGCACACGAAACAGAGGGUCUGUCUGGUCGGGAGAUUGCCAAGCUGGGUGUAGCGUGGCAGGCAGCAGCUUAUGCCAGUGAUGAUGGAAUUCUCACUGAACAGAUGGUGCUAGAUCGUGUGCAAGAUGCUGUCAUUCAACAUCGACAAAAGGUGGAAUGGCAGAGUGAGAAAGAGCGUCAAGAGUUCAAGUCCCUGACAUACAAGACUCGGAAGGAAAGUUCUUCGUAUGUUCCCAAAUCCUCAAAGUCCUCGUCCUCAUCAUCUCCUACAUCUAGCUAAUCUUAGUGUAUCUAGGCAAGGUCUCUGGAGCUGUAUUCCCAUUUAGGUUUGUGUUUGACCUAUAGAAUUAUGAAUGAGAACUCGCUUUUGUACUCAAUA